AAUUGUAUUGCUCCUUGCCCAACCCUAGGAAUGUCCAUUUUGAAUCUAUAAACAUGAAGAAUGUCCUACACUGGUCAGCACCAGAUGGCACAGGAGAUGGAGUGCUCUACAAGGUGAAGUAUUCAGUAUACGGUGUUGGCAAAUGGGUAAGAAAAUCAGAAUGCAAGAAUAUCAGCAGAACAUGGUGUGACCUCUCCAGUGAAACAGCUGACUAUGAAGAACAAUACUACGCGAGUGUUAAAGCCUUCCUACACGGGAUGUGCUCCGAGUGGAUGGAGACUCCCCGAUUCAACCCUCUCACAGAGACUAAAAUUGAUCCACCCAUGGUAAGCGUAUCUUCUACAGAGAAAUCUAUUUCAAUCAUUCUGACAGCUCCAGAGAAAUGGAAGGGAAGUCCUGAGGAAGAAUCCGUAUCUCUGGCUCAGGUAUAUCCUGGCCUGCAAUACAAUGUGUCCGUCCUCAAAAAAAAAACAAAGAAACGGUGGUGGUUCUCUGUCAGCAACAACACCUUGGUUGUGCCCUGGUUAGAACCUGGAACAGUUUAUUGUGUCAGCGCGCAGAUACAUGUUACUACGCCGCUUUUAAGCAGCGGGUUUUCCAAGGAGCAUUGCAUUGCGACUCUGAAAGAUAAAACAGCAGAUCAGAUUAUAACAAACCUAUUUGGAUAUGUUCUGCCGGUCAUUCUGGUUGUCCUUUUUAUUUCCAUGGCAUGCUAUUAUGUGUACAGGUAUAUUCAUGUCAGCAAACAGAAACAUCCAACAAACCUGGUAUGGCACUAUACUGAUAAAUGCAAGGAAAGCGUUUUUAUACCUUGUGAAAAAAUUGUGAUCAACCUUAUCACUAUUAAUGUGGAUGAGUACAAGACAUCUCAGGAAUCCAUUCAUCUGUCAGAAAGGAAAAGUCCCCGUUAUUAUACCAUUUACAAUGACACUGAAGGGAAGGAUUUGUCUCCAAAAGAAGUGCUGGAAACAAAACAGUUGCUCAGUAUUUCACAGGAAGUGGAUAUUUUCUCAAAAGGGGACCAAACUAGGAACUGGUCACUUUAUGGCCAGGCUGGGCCUAAGAAUACUAUGGGCCAAAAAAAUGAAGGGAAUAUAGAGUAUGAACUUGAUGUAAGGGCUGAAGACUUCCAUCCUUGUCAGAAACUGAUGGAACUCUGUUUGAAAGAGAAGACUUCUGCCCCUAGGGAGCUGCUGGGUGAGGCACGCGUGGCGUGGGCCUUGGGAGAUAGUGAGGCAGGGCAGCCGUACUGCCCACAGCUGGAGGUGGUGACAGCAGAUCCUUGUUUGGGACAGAAACUACAGGAACUGGGUUUGAAGAUGGCUCCUGCAGCAGACAAAUUGCUGAAUGAGGCAUGUAUCAAUUUGGUGGACUUGGAUACUGAAAAAUCUGGGCAGACAUCCUGUCCUCUAGAAACAAUAGCACCAAGCCUCCAGCAUCCAUCUGCAUCAGAAGACCCAGAGAAGGAGAAUGAACAGACCAUAGUCGUAGACUGGGAUCCUCACACUGGAAGACUGUACAUUCCUACUUUGUCCAGUAUUGAAAAUGAGACAUGUGAAGCUGUAUUUCAGUGUGAUGCUCCUGACAAAGAGGGAAUUUUGUCCAGACUGUAUAAGAAACAGGUAACUGAUGAAACAUCCGAGGACCAAGAAAUGUGCCUUCUGCGAUUCAAGGAACAAUGGGAACUUCAUGUAAAAAUGGAAGACUGAACAGUAGUUUUCUAAAAUGUUAUGACAUGCAAAAUCUUGUUGCACUGUCAGAAUGAUGGACUCCGCUGAGGAAAUGCAUCU